UGCCGGAAGCCGGCAUCGGGGCGAAGCUGGGCGGACGCUGGCGGGCUCAGGAUGGCAAAACAGAAGAGAAAAGCACCUGAAGUGAUGGAGAAAAAAAGCAAGAAGCAGAAGAAGGAACGGGCAGCAGUAGCUGAGGCCAGGCUCGACGGGCAGAAAGCCAGCCCUGAGGGAGCAGCUGCGAGCAGGGUGCCGGAUGCAGAUCCUGAGCUGUCCCCCGAGGAGAGGAGGGUCCUGGAGAGGAAGCUGAAGAAGGAACGGAAGAAGGAGGAGAAGAAGCGGCUGCGCGAGGUGGGCCUUGCCACUGUGCAGGCCCCGCCGCCGGCCAAGCGCUCAGGUGCGGAGCUGGCCCUGGAUUACCUCCAUGGGUGGGCCCAGAAGGACAAGAGCUGGCGAUUCCAGAAGACGAGGCAGACCUGGCUGCUGCUGCACAUGUACGACAGGGACAAGGUUCCCGACGAGCAUUUCUCCACCUUGCUGGCCUACCUGGAGGGGCUGAAGGGCCAGGCCCGGGAGCUGACUGUCCAGAAGGCUGAGGCCCAGAUGCAGGAGUUGGAUGCCAGUGAGGACGCCGCCCUGCUGGAGAAGGCUGGGCGCCUCCGGCAGGUGCUGCAGCUCCUCUCCUAGCAGAUGGACAGGGACUCAGAUGCCCCUGCAACCCUCAGGAGACCCUGACCACCUCCCCUCAGGGUGCUGCCAGGGACAAAGAGGCCACCAGCAGGUCCCCUGCACAGGUCUGAGGCUGCCCAAAGCCAGGGGCUGUUUUCACGGGAACAGAGUCUCUUUGGGACACCAGUCACCAUGUGGUCUCAAGCCCAGGACAUGGCCAUGGAGCAAAAGUCUAUUUUUUUUUACUAGAGACAUCUUAAAAACCGGUCAGUGCUGGCCCUCUAUGCCAGCCAGAGCCCCACUCUGGGGCAUGGGGUUUGCUAAACUGGCCCUGUGUGUUUACUCUGGAGACCCUCCAGCGCACUUCCCCCUCCUCACGCCUAGGCCCUGCCUGGCCACAGGGAACUCCCCUGGUGGGGACCCUGGGCUGCCUGGCCACAUUUACAAUAAAAGCUGGCCAAGACCC